AUGUUAUCAGCUUUUUAAAAAGAAGUGAAUACAAAUUUUUCUGAAAACCAAGAUAAAUCCUUAGAAUCUUAAAAUGAAUUAUAAGGCAACAAAAUGAGAAUAAUUUUAAUGGCAAUUGAAAUUGAACGAUUAAAUUCAAUCUUAAACUCAAAAAUAGAUUACUACAACUAAAAAAUGUAAGACUAUAUUAAGAGAGGUUAAAAUUAUAUGUAAAACUUAGAGUUAUUUUAUAAGGGAUAAAUUGUUGAAUACUUGUAACAGAAUACUGAAUUGAAUUAAUAAAUUCUAGAGAAAAAUGCCUUGAUAUCUAAAAUUUUUUUAGAAAACUCUUAAUAAGAAAUGAAUAUGCUUAUAACUCAAUAGUGUCUCUAAUUUGAACAAGAACUCAAAAAUUCUUUGUUGAGAAAUUUAUAAUUAUAAAAGGAAAUUUAGGAACUUCACUACUAAUUUGAUGAUGCUCCAUAAUUAAGGAAAUAAUUAAAUGAUUUAGAAUAAUUAUACUCAUAACUGUUGAUACAAAAAAAUGAAGAAAUACAGCAAUUGAGAUAAAAUAAUCCACAACUUUCACUUAAAAAUUCCUAAUUAGCAACUCUUAAUUAACUCUUAGAAUAAAAAGAAUUAGAAUUAUAGGAAUGGUAAUAUAGCUCUUAAUAAAGUAAUUUAAUUCAUGAAAACCAAAGAUUAACAAAAGACCUUAAAUUCUUGAAUGACAAAUUAAAUUUGCUAUUAAUUAGUAAUGAUCAUCAAACAGUUAAAUAGGAAGAUAUUUAAACUAAAAACUAUUAUUAACCAACAAAUCCUAAUAAAUUUAUAUAAGAAAAUGACUAAAGAAAUGAAACCCCUAGAAGGUAAUAAAUAAAUACAAAAGUAAAUUAAUUUUUUAAAAGACCAAAUACUCCUUAACCAUAAUAAAUAUCUAUAAAUUUUUAGUCUUUAUCUUAAGAAUAACGAGAAACACAAAAUUAUCAAAAUAUCAAUUUAAUUAAUGACCUGCUGUAAUAAAUUUUAUUGAUUUAAAAUCAAAAAAUCUAAUCAAAAUAGAGUAUAAACAAUCAAAUUUCUUUAUUAAAUAGAGUUUUGAAUAUAAAGUAACAAGAAAUGUCAUAAUAUCUGUGCUAAAACAACAUUUAUGUCAUCAAUCAUAAUUUGUCAAAGUCACCUUAAAUUAUUACUAAUCCAAAAUUAAAGAGAUUCCAUAAAUAUUAUAGUGUGUCUCCAAAUAACUGUUAUUCUUAACCUUAUGCUAUUUUAUAGCCUCAUUUAAGAAGUCGAGUUUAUUAACAUUCUUAUGGAAUAAAGACUGAGACUACAAUUCUUUCCUAUUAAAACAUUUUUAAAUAAUAGUUGGCUCCAGUAGUUAUGAUGCCAUAAAAUGUAGUCGCUUAUCCUUAAUCUAGACAGGGACCUUAGAUUCAUUAUCAUUUUUCACCAAUUCAAAAAACUGUAGUAAAAUAGAACUUUCAGAAUCCACCAUACUUUGUAAGAGGAAUAUAUCCUAAUGAGACUGCUUAAUUUUGUAAGCCUAUUAAAAUAAACGUUAACCAACCUAAUUUAAGAGUUUUCGAGAGAUAGGAAUAAACACUCUUGGAAAACUCCCAUCAACCACAAUUUGAUGUUUAUACAACCGAAUUCUAAGUUAAUUCUUAAGAAAACAUAAAUAACGAAGUAUCUAACUAAAAAAAUUUUCAAAAUAAAUAGGAUGCAAAUGUCAAAUCUCAAAAGUAAAACUAUGAAUUAGAUAGGAGAUUACCUCGAAAUACGGCUCAUUUUAAUGAAAAUGAUUCGAUAUCCUAAAAGUCAUUUGAAAUCUAAGAUUUACAUAUUUUUAAUAAAAUAACCUUGUAAGAACCUGUGUCUAUUGUAAAGUAGAAGUUCGAUAGUUAACAAUAAUCAGAAGAAAAGAUUAAAGAGAAUGAUAGUUUAUAUCUAAUUUACAAAUAAUUUCAAGAUUUUCGAUUGAUAUUCAAGCAGAAACUAUAAAGGUCGGAAUUGGAAAUUAAAAAAACAUAUUCAAACUCUUUGGAGCAAUUAUAAAAUCUAGAGAACUAAAUUUUAGUUUUGAUCAAUGAAAAAUAAUAAAAAGUUUAGAAUUAAAGAGAUAAUAAAUUUAAUAGAAUUUCUUAAGAAUAUCAAAAUUAUAAAAUUUAAUAGCCAAAUUCUGAUCAUAAUAAAUUAGAUAACCAAACAUAGGUUAAUGAAUCUAAUGAUUUUUUAUUACAAAUUGCUUCACAGAAGAAAUUGCUUAAUGAAUAAUAAACUCAUUUUUUACAAUUAAUUUAAAUAUAAGAUGAAAUUCAAAAUUACUAUGAACCUUUAGUAUCUUAGUUAUAUUAAAGAGAAUCAGAAUUAAACAAAGAAGUAUUUAAAAUAAAAUAAGAUCAUGAAAAUUAAAUGUUAAAUUUAACAAGAUUAUAAAAAUAAUCAGAAGAAAUUAGUCACCUUGAAUAAUAAAAUUCUUCUUUAUAACACUAACUGCAGGAUUAUAUGAAGGAUUUGCGGGAUAUUCAAUUAAAAUUGAAAUUUGAACAAGAUUAACAUCAGUUCACAAAGCAUGUAGUUCAAUCGUUGUAAAAAGAGACUAAUACUUAAUAAAAUACAAUAGAAGAGAUUUAAAAGCGAAAUACAAAUUUAGAAUAGCAACUUAAGAAAACAGAAUAAUUUUUAUUGGAAAUUUAAUCAAACUCAAAAAAGUAAACAAUAAACUAAAAUAAAGAGACUUAAACUAUAUCAAUAGAAAAUAAAUAAUCACUUAAUAAUGAUUAGAUUGAAAUAGAAAAUCUAAAAUAAAAGUUAUUUUUUGAAUAAGAAUUAUCUAAUCAACUAAAUGAUUCUAUUUCUGAACUUUAAUAGUAAAUUUAAACUUAAGAAUAAUUACUUUAAUAAUAGAAAUUAAGUAAUUCAAAUCAAUUUGAAGAAAUUCAAAAUUUAACAAAAGAGAAAAUCGAAAUAGCUUAAUAAUUAAAAAUGAUUUAGAUCAAAUAUUUAUCAUUAAAAGAGUAACUUGAUUAAAUGUAAAAAUAAAAAGAUUGUAAUCAAAAUAGUGAAUAAAUAUAAAAUAUGGAUGUCAUUUAGAAUUUAAACUUUUAAAUAGAAGAUAUGAAAUAACUUAACUCAUUUCUUUAAAAUUAGUUAUCUUAAAUGCAAUAAAAUAGCGAAGUAUAAAUAUCGGCUUAAAAUACUGUUUUAUCCUCAAAAAUUGCGCUAUUAGAAAAACAAUUAUCAACAGAAAAAGUAUUAAAAGAAUAAGCAAAUAUUAAAAUAAUUCAACUUGAAAAGUAAUUUCAAGGUUCUCAAAAUCAACUAUCUUAAGGUAAAGCAAAUGAUUUAAAAGAACAGAUAUUUUAAUUAUCAAAUUAGUAAUAGCUAUUGCAAUAACAAAAAGAAAGGUUGGUUUAAUCAUUUGAAUUAGAGUUAAAUCAACUUAAAUAAUAAAUUACUGAACUGACUAAUUAAAAUUAAAAUUAUUAAGAGCAAGUCAAAGAUUUUGAAACAAAAUAAUUGCUACACUUAUAAUUAUAAAAACAAUAUACCAACUAAACUCAUUUGCUUAAUUAAUAACAAUAACAAAUCAUUAUUUUGGAAUAAGAAAAUCAUCAAAAUCAAAUUGAUUUACAAAAGCUAAGACAAAAUUUAAAAUUAGACAUAGAGGAUUUUGAAGGCUGUUAAAAUGAUUAAAUUAACAAAUUACGAAAACAAAUUGAUGAUCUAAACUCAUAAUUUUUUAUUCAAUAAAGAGAUAUAAAUUAUUUAUAAAGUUAAAUAUAGUUUGAAUAACGAGAAAAAAAAAUUAUUAUUUAGAAUAAAACUAUUUUAGAUGGACAUAUCAAAUAAAUGCAAGAAGAAAAUUUAUAAUUGUAGAAUUAAAUAUUCAAAUAACAGAAUGAUAUUGAAUAAUUACAAAAAAAUAUGAGACAAUAUAAUAUUAUUGAAUAUUCUUCAAAUUAAAAGGAAGGGUUCAUUUAUAAUGAAUAAAAAACUUAUAAAAAUUAAAAUGAAUCACUUUCAUUUGAUAUUACAAAAUUGAAAUAAGAGAAUUAAACUUUAAUUUAAGAAUGCCAAAAACUGAAAGAUGCUCUAUUCUAUAUGACAGAGGAGAAAAAUAGGUUAGAAAAGAUCUUUAAUUAUUAAAAUUAAGUGCAAGAAACCCAGUUUCAACAAAUACAAUAAUCUCAAAUUAUAACUUAAAAUAAUAAAAAUGAGGAAUAAGAUUAAGUAAAAUAAAAUAAGUUUUAUAUUGAAUAAAACAAAAUUUGGGAUUUGAGUAGUAAAAUUUCUGCGGCUUUGGUUAAAUUAGAGGAAUUUGAUGAUUUGAACUUUAGGAUUCAGAAAACAAAACAAGAUUUAUAGAAUUAGAUCCAGAAAUUAAAACAACAAGCUAUUUAUGUUUAAUAACUCAGGAUAUAAAAAAAAGAUGAAGAUAAAAUUAAAAAAAGUAAUGAGUAAAAGUUUCCAUAAAAUUAGCAUAACUAAAAGGUAGAUGAAAUAUCAUAAAUAAUUUAAGCAUUAAUUAUAAGCAUAGGGGAUCAUAUAUAGCUUAAUUCAUAAAUUGUUUAGAUUACUGAAAAGAUUAAGUAAUUAUUAGGUGAUACUAACAGUAUAGCUGCAUCAAUUCAGUUGUAAAAUUAGACCUUGAAAAAAUAAGAAAAUGUUAAACAAAAAGAAAAUAGUUCUAUUUAGACUAAUUAUGAAGAGCAAUAUAAAGAAUUAAUGGUUGAGAAUGAUAAGUUAAAUUAGAAAGCAAAUUAAUACUAACACCUGUUAAUAUAAUUACAGGAUGAGUAUUACAAAUAAGGAUCUGCACUUGACAGUAUAACGAAGGAGUAUUAGCAAAUUAAUAAUAAAAAUGAAUUUAAAAUAAUCAAAUUAAUUCAUUUUGAACAAUUAAAUGAUAAAAUAUAUAAGUAAGAACUUUAAAUUGAAGAAUAAUCACAGUAGAUUUAAGACUUAUAAAAUUACAUUGAUUAAGAAUAGAAACAACAUUUGGAAGAGAUUACAAGAUUGAAUAAUUAAAUAGUAGAAAAUUAGUUGCAAGGGGAAAAAUUUAACCAACUUAAUUAAGAAAAUAGUACAUUAAAACAGGAUAUAUCUAAUCUAUAAUCUGUAUUACAAAAAUAAUAAGAUUUAAUAGAAGAACAAAAACUCAUAUACAUAUAAAAUUAAGAGGAAUAUACGCAGCUAAAGCAAGAGGCUUAAAGAUUAUAUUAGCGAUUGUUAUAAAUGUCAAAUAGUAACAAUAUAUUAAAAGAAGAGAAAGAAUAAGAGUUACAAAGAUUUUAGAGAGAGAGUAGAUAAAUUCAAGAAAGUUCUGAAAAACACAAAAAUGAAAAUAUUUAAUUUAAACUAUAGGUUGAUAGAUUAUAAAAAUAGGUUUAGGAAUUUAAGAAUUAAUCAGAUAGCAAUCUAUAAUAAUAACUCAAAAAAGUAUAGACCAAACUAGACGCCAGUUUAUAAUAAUAAAAAUAAAUUCAUGAUGAAAAGAGAAUAAUCAACGAUCAAAUUUAAUAAUAAUAAGAAUAAUUAGCAAAUUAAUAAAAUACAAUACAUUAUCUUAAAUAAGAAAUAUCCAGAUAGGAACAGGUUAUAUCCUAAUUGUCUUAGUAAAAUAAUAUACAAUCAUCAUUUGUCUAAGAGGUAACAUUUUUUGAUGAUUCUAAGAAUUCUUCCCCUUUAGAAUUUAAAGUAAAACAACUACAAAAUGAAAAUACUCAUUUGCAUCAACUAUUAUUAGAUAUGGAAAAAGAUUAUGCUCAUAAAAUCAAAUUAUAAUAGCUGUAAAUCUAAGGAUUGAAUGAUAAGUUAAGAGAAAUGGUUUAUGAAUAAACUAAGAAAGUUCCUAAACUAGAUGAAUUGGCCAUCAAUUAUUAGAAUCAUUGAGAUAAUUUCUAUUUAUAUGAGGAGUAUGAUUAUACUAAUUAAUGUUUGACAAUUUUAUAAAUUUAUGAUUC